AUGCUUCUGUAUUUUAGGCCAGGGUAUCCCGGAAUUCCCCAGAAAUGCCCCGUAUCACUCAAUCUGACUUGCUGUCAGUGGAGACUGGAUACUAGUCCAUCAUACAAAAGAUACCAAAAUAACUUGUACUUUAAACUACACUCAGAAAAUAUAUUUGGUACUCUUGAUAAGAAUUUCCAACAAGAUCACUUUCAAAUAGUACUUCCUGAUGCUCCAUUGAACUUGCACGUUAUUAAUAAAAGUCAAGAUGAAAUUAACAUUAGCUGGGUUCAUCCGAAAGGUUUCCAGUUUGGGGAAUUUAAGCCUGGACUUAAUUACCAAUUGUGGUAUAGAAAAGCUGAUACCUCAGAUAAAUGGAAGAUUCGUGAACUUGGAAUAGAUACGACUCAAUACACUCUAUCAGGAUUGACUCCAUACAUUAAGUACGAAAUCCAGGUUCACUGUCAAUCUAGCAAAGUGGAUCCAAAGGUGGAAGAUAUGUGGAGUGAGUUCAAACAAAUUUCAUGUCGCACCAAUCCUGAUGUGCCAUAUUUGAUUCCAAUCAUCAGGAAGGAAGCUUUUGAACAGAAUAUUAUGCACCUUGAAAGAAGCAUAACCUUAUACUGGCAGCCUGUUCCCAAAGAAAACUACAAUGGGCAAGAGUUCUAUUAUAUGAUUGUUUGCCAAAAUGAUCAUGCAUCAUACUCUGACAGUAUCAUUUCAAUGAAAAGAUUGGAAGGUUCUGUAACAACAUAUAGAUUUGACCAUUUAGAACUUAACAUGCCGUACAAGUUUAUUUUGUAUUCGAUAAACAAAGAGGGUCGGUCAGAGAACUCGUCCGAAAUUUUUGUGGAUAGCAGAGAAAACGUUAUUCCCAAACCUACCAACAUCACUGUUAUUAACUAUGUUAACGGAACCCACAAGUUGCAGUGGAGUUACCCUAAAGAGGAAGUACCUGUUACCAGUUACACUGUGUUCUGGUGUAAUAAUUCAAAGCCUCGUCCUUUUUCCUGCACUCGUCCAGUCAGCUGGAAAACCUUGCGAGCUGAUGAAAAUGCAAUAAGCUUUGACUUUGAGAAGGAUUUAAGCUACCAGUUUGCUGUUGCAGCUAACUCUGGAAAAGCAACUUCAGGAAUGGAGUGGGCAUUGUGUAUUGUUUCAGCUCAUAAACCUUUAGACAAAGUGGUUAUCGAUGUCUAUGGUUAUAAUGAAACCACUCUGAUUGUAAAAUGGACUUUGACCUGUAAAGCUCAGAAAAAAGUAAUUCAGGAAUACGUCGUCCAGUAUUGCCAGUCGUCACUGAACCGUGCUUGUAUUAAACCUCGCAAACAAGUGAUAGUGAAUAAUUCAGAAGCUGAUGAAAUGAUGUUGACUGGUGGAUUACGUCCAUUUACAAUGUACCUUGUUAGUGUUCAAACAAAAACACAUAACAAGAUGUACAGUGAAUUUAGUGACGAAGUACUUGCCACUACAAAAAUGGGAAAACCUACGGAACCUCUGAACUUAAGAGGUAAAACAAAUUCUACAGCUAUUAGCAUCACUUGGGAACGACCUCAAUAUCCAAAUGGUAUAUUACAUCACUAUAUUGUAUGGUUUAAUGAAAGGCUUAAGAAGGUUCAGCACUGUAUGGAAAGCCAGUUUUGUUCUACUGUUCUUGAUGAAGAUAUCAAAAGUUUUACAAACUAUUCAGUUAGUGUUCAGGCCUGCAACAAGUACUUUUGUUCCAACAGAUCCAACAUUUUUUAUGCUUUGGUUGAUAUCAAAGCACCCGGAAUAAUGGAAGGACCUGUAAUAGAAAUCCUGAACACAACAACAGUGCGUGUUCGUUGGACUUCCCCAGAGGAGCCCAAUGGUCCAGUUGAUCUUUACCUAUUGCAUGUAGGCUGGGCUAACAUGCAAAACACCACAAACUCGGGGGAGGUUGUGUAUAAUCUCACUACUGUGUCUGGUUCUCACACCCUUACCUAUUUUUGGCCAGACUGUGCAGAGUCAGACAAGAGUAAAAUGUUUUCUUUCCAAAUUCAAGCAGCCAACAUCAAGAACCAGAGCCUACUAGUAGGUCCUCUUAGCAAUCGAACAGAAACCAGGUUGUGUGGGCCAGAAGGGCCUGAAGCAGCUCUGGUGAUUGGUGUAGUAGUUGGAAGCUGUCUUGGUCUUAUACUGCUGGUACUUGUUUUAGCUGCUUUAGUGAGAUGGAUGAAGAACAAGGUUGACUGGAUGAACGAUAUAAAAGUUCAACUCCCAAGUGGAUUAGAUGCACCGAACUCGCAUCCAUUCAGUGACUAUGAAAAGUUUAAAAGAGACCUGAUCAGAAAUUGCAGUUACUCUAACACAAGUCCUACGUUUGACCAUCUCAGUUCCUUCUCUGAUAUAGCUGGUUUGACGGAGAGACAAGGUUCACUUAAUUCGCACUGUAGCAGUUCUUCAACUGACCAGCUGCUACAGAAGAAGUCAAAAAUUUGUGAUUCCUAUAGAAGAAAUGACAUUAACAACUUGACUCUACUAGGUGGUCAUGGAAGUGCCACAUCUAUUGCUAAUCGGACUAAUCUUUCUUCUGAUUCUGGUACAGAGAUUGAUCUUCAUCCACCACCUUCUCCAGUAGAUGGUCACUCAGAGAAGACUAAUUGCACACCCCGCUCCUGUUCUCGCCCAGGUCUUCCAAAAGUGGAAGAGAUUCAGGACACUAAUAGCAGAGAUUCUGGGCUGGAUAGAGAUAAUCCAGAUGACAGCAGAGAGAGGUGUUUUUACCUACAGAGUCAAGUUCAACAACCGUAUAGCAGAUUUGGUCAAGGUAGCGGGUAUGUUUCAUUCCCUGGCCAAAAUAAUAACUUAAGUUCAAGUCACCAUCUAGCAAAUAGUGAGCCUUCUAUUCAUGGUGAAGAGGAUUUAGUUGAACCUGGAACUGUUCCACCCUACUCAAGAUUUGGUUUGGCCAAGAGUGUUGGAAGUGUGAUUGAAGAGACGAGAGAUUCACCAUCCAUCCAAGAAGAGGAUCAGCCUUCUGCAUUGAGCUACUCCAAAUUUGGUGUAAUGUCCCCUAUUAAUCAAAGCAGAUACGGAAACCCAACAGUUGGCUUAGUUUUUGAUCAUUCUAGACCAUUUGAUAUUCCUCAUAAAAGGCUUUUGAAUUCUACAAGAAGCCAAAGCAAACCAGUGUCCAAAGGUUAUGUUAGCAUGGCUCAGGCUGAAAACUUCACAGUCCCAGGUUCUUUCAAAGAACCCAGUAAACCAGGCUUAUAUUCUAAGUUUGUUGUUGAACCAGAAGAUAAAAACUCUCUUUCUCCUCUAUCUGGCUAUGUGUGUCUGCAGGAUAACAUUAGUCCAGAAUCCAUACCACAAGUAAACAGCAUUGACAACAAAGGUUAUUCCAGAUUUGGAGUGGAUCCAGUUCUUGAUGAUGAUGAUAUAUCUCCUUUGGAAGAUUGUUCUUCUGAUCAAGAGACAGCAAAGAGUGAUAAAUGUUUGCUCAAACCACAGGAAACUAGUGAUGUUAAUGGUAAACUAUGUCCUACACCUCUCGUGGAUGAAGUCAAUAAAGAAGAUGAUAAACUAUUACAUCUUGACCUUCCAGUAAAUGGAUAUGUUCAGUGUCCUGUUCCUCAUGAUGGUGAAGUAGAUGACCAUGUAGAAAAUUUGGACUUAGAGAAGCCAAAGUGGACAAGUACAAUGAAUGACCUGCCGAAACCUAUGGGAAUUUCUGAUUUUAAUGAGACUACCAGUGGCUAUGUAUCUAAGUUUCAGCCUCACCGUUUGUCACGUGAGUUGUCUCCCAAAAACUUCUCUUUCAAAAACAAUGGUUACGUAUCCUUGGGUGAGACUUUUCAGAAUGGAGAUGCGCCAAAAAAUAACAUUACUAAUUCAGGAUUAGUGGUUGGUGUAAAAGAUUCUGAAGAGCUAACUAGCUAUCAGAGCUUACCAGUUUGAAAAACUAAAAUACUAGUAUACUAUCUGGGCAUUUCAUAUAUUUGAGUGUUAUAAUACAUGACAUAUAAUAUCCACUGCAAAGUAUUUGAAGCUAUAUAUGCACUUAUAAACACUGGGAAUUGUUGCAAAUGCUGAGAUUAGCAUAAAUGAUAGGUACAAAUAUUUGGUGGUACAACUGUCUCUGUCCACAAUUAAAGAGGGUAAGGUAUUUUUUCUAAAAGCUCUUGCUUUGCUGUUUAAUAUACUUACCUGCUUUCAUUACAGUUUACCUUUGAGUGCUAAUAUAAGGUAAAACUGUGGCAAGGAAAUUUUCGGGUCAUCAAAGACCUGGUAGAUUUAAACAUUCAGUUUGAACGAGGAAAAUACUUUAGUAGUAAAUCGAAGCUGGUAUUUAGUCUUGCUAAAAUAUUUAUUUUUUAAAAUCAUGAAUGUCUUUGAUAUAGAUGUAGAAACUCUUUCCUAGUAAGUAAAGAAAUCCUAAUUGAAACUAUAACACACUUAGUUCAAUUCAGCUUGUUGGACUUCCUUCACCACUGUAAUGUAAAUGUUGGAAGAGAAUUCUUUUAUAUAAUCGUGUAGAUAUUGUGCCAAAGUGUGUUUGCUGCUCAUCACCUUAGACUAAAGUGUGCCUUUUAAAAUCCUGUAUGUUGGUGACUUUGCUGAUUAAUUGAGGUUUCUCGUAGACAUUGCUGCUUAACAUAUCCUUCAUUGUUGAAAUUAUUUCAAUGAGAAUUAAUGGGGUGGUUAAUUGUAAAUGUUUUAUGCAUGACACAAAAUAUGAGUUUCUGAACACAACUACCAUUAAAAUAGGCCCCUGAAAGCUGUUGGAUUUUUCUAAAAGUGAAAACACAGUAUAUAGUCUGUCAUUGGCUUAUACUGUGUGUGUGUGUGUGCUUUAUUGUCAGGUUCUUUUAAUCUUCUGUGGGGAGGGGGGGGGGUUUCUUCUCCUGCUCUCCUCACAAGUGGUAUGUGAAAACUGUAUAAAGAAUGUUUUGGAAGAUUUACAGCAGUAAAUGAAUUUUCAGAGUGUACUUGUUGAUAAAUUAACAAAAUGAGUUUUUCAUUUCACAGAAAAGUUGAUAUUUGGAUAAAAGACUGAGAAAGAGAUAUCUAGUUUGAUGUUUUAAACUUGUUAGACAUUAUAUUGUUGACUGGUUUUUAUCAGUAGAUUUGUGUUGUCCUGCCCUUUUGGGCUAAAUUACUAUGUUAAUGUACUUCAAUUUAGGAAUACUGAUGAAAGCAGGAUGUUGUGGUUAGUUGACUUUUGUAGUAUGUGCAAUGAGCUCCCCAGUGACACAGCAGAAAGUCUAUGGACUUAUAAUGCUAAAAACCAGGUUUUGAUACCAGUGGUAUGUAGCUUUGUGCUUGAAUACAAACAAACAGAGCAUUACACAAUGAAGGUUGAUAAAAAAUGUUAAUGUCUAGGCCUUUUUAAUAAUCUGGGUUUUUCACUUUAAGUGCAUGUUAAGAACCUAUGGCAUUUAAAGAAGACAUUUUAAGAAUAUUUAAUUUUCAUGAUACCAGGGAAGCACAUAGGAUAAUGCCAGUAGUUAAAUCAAACUGGAGAAUCUGAAUGACUCAAGUAUUUUUGGUGAAAAUACUUGAGUCAUCGGGUGUCUUUAAUGGGGAUUAUGUAAUAUUCAUUAUGUGACAUAGGUUGAGAUCUGGUAAUAAUGUAAGUACAGUUUUGUUAUUGAUCUACCUUAAGUGAAAAGAAUGGCAAUGCUUAUUUGCCAGGUAUGUUAAGAAUGAUAACCCGUGUAUUAUAGUUUUAUUUUUCUCUAAGGUAAGAUAAAGGUUAUUGUGUUUUGGCACUUGUGUAUAAAGUUAAAAUCAUAAAUAUUAUUUAACGUUAAAAUUGGUACACAAUUAAAAAAUAUU